GCGUUCAGGGAGGAGUCCGAGAGAAUCCCUGAAUGUACCAACACCACUAAUAUAUCAUUUCUAAUCGCAUAUCUUUUGAUUAACAGCAACAGAACGCGAAUAGAGGGAAAGAAGUAAACUGGGCGUUGAAGUUGUAGCAGAGAGUGUCCCUCCCUCCAGACUGAACUGUAGAAAGCGUCUGGUCUGCGCUGCUAGCGAGAGGGACGCGAGAUUAGGGCAGCAGUUUGGGGUCUCUGGAAUUUAUUAGCUGACGCUUGAAGCUCGGUGUUUUUUUCUGGAUUCGGAGCAGAUCUACAGGUCCGCCAGUUUUUCAGUUGGCUUUCAUUCACGCAGACCUACGACCAUCACACAUUUUACCUAGUUUCAGCUCUGGAACUCAGGACCGCGAAGACGAGCGCGUGUUGUUUGGCUCUUGAGCUAAUAAAAACAGACGGAAAGAGAGAGCAGGGGCGCUCAUCUUUUGACCUGAAUCCUGAACUACAUCAAAGAACUCAUGAGAGACUGACAGUUUAUUGGUGGGGAUUUUUCAGUGAAUGUUACUUCAAUAUGCCAGGGCUCGGGGAGGCUUCAGCAAGGGGGACGAGCAUGGAAGUAGAUUGCCUCAGCUGCAUCAAGUACCUCAUGUUUGUCUUCAACUUCCUUAUCUUUCUGGGUGGCUCCUUCCUCCUUGGUGUUGGGGUGUGGGUGGUGGUGGACCCCACGGGUUUUAGGGAGAUAGUGGCAGCCAACCCCCUUCUCUUCACGGGCGUCUACAUCAUCCUGGCCAUGGGGGGCAUGCUUUUCCUGCUGGGCUUCCUGGGCUGCUGCGGAGCCAUACGAGAAAACAAGUGUUUGCUGCUUUUUUUCUUCAUGCUGAUCCUCAUUAUAUUCCUGGCAGAGCUGGCGGCAGCCAUUCUCGCCUUCAUCUUCCGGGAACAUCUGACCAGAGAACACUUUACUAAGGAACUCAAGAGGCACUACCAAGGCUACAACAACACUGAUGUCUUCACAUCAACGUGGAACGCCAUUAUGAAUACAUUUGACUGCUGUGGAGUGAACAGUCCAGAGGACUUUGAGGAAAGCAUCUUCAGGUUAAUAAACCGUGGUGAAGUGGUGCCUGAGGCCUGCUGCCGUAGGAAUAAUCAUGUUGGAGAAGCAGGCUUCAGUAACAGGGAGGAAUGCCUGUCAGGCAGCAUGCUAUACCGGAACAACAAGGGCUGCUAUUCAGCGGUUGUGGACUACUUUGAGUUGUACAUCUAUGUUGCUGGUGCCCUGGCUAUUGUUGUACUCACGAUUGAGCUUUUCGCUAUGGUUUUUGCCAUGUGUCUGUUCAGGGGAAUCCAAUAGAUCAAGUACACCGAAAGACUUUUUCAAAAAGGAAGACACCACAAAAGAAAACUGAACCACUUGUCAAAGAAUGUUUAACUCCAUUUUAUAUCUCUAAAAUUAUUAAGGAACAAAAAAAAAAAAAAACAA